GCGCCGCGUGCGGGGCCCGCGCCCAAUCGCCCCUUCCCUCCCUUCCUCAAUCCUCACCUCACCCCCUCUCUUCCUUCUUCCCCGGCCAAGCCUAGCCUCCUCCAUAUAUGUCUCUUGGUCGCUGCAUACCUGGCGAUAUCUUCUUCUCCACCGCUCACCAAACUUGCUCAAGCUGCUGCCCUCCUCCCUCUCCAAGCCUCCUCUCUCCAGCAUAGCAUAGUCCCUCCGGUCCCUUCUCACCGAUCGAUCUUCUUCUCCUGUCUGAUCUGAGCAGGAGCUCAGGCGAAGGAGCCAUGGAGCUGGCCGGCGUCGCGGCUGCGGCGGACAGCCCGGGCGCGGCGGCGGCGCGGCCGAGCCGGUACGAGUCGCAGAAGCGGCGGGACUGGCAGACGUUCGGGCAGUACCUGCGCAACCACCGGCCGCCGCUGGAGCUUGGCCGGUGCAGCGGCGCUCACGUGCUCGAGUUCCUGCGCUACCUGGACCAGUUCGGCAAGACCAAGGUGCACGCGCCGGGGUGCCCCUUCUUCGGGCACCCGUCGCCGCCGGCGCCGUGCCCGUGCCCGCUCCGGCAGGCCUGGGGCAGCCUCGACGCGCUCGUCGGCCGCCUCCGCGCCGCCUUCGAGGAGCACGGCGGCCGGCCCGAGGCCAACCCCUUCGGCGCCCGCGCCGUCCGGCUCUACCUCCGCGAGGUCCGCGACAGCCAGGCCAAGGCGCGCGGCAUCGCCUACGAGAAGAAGCGCCGCAAGCGCCACCCGCCGGCGCACCGGCAGGCCAAGCAGCAGCACGACGCCGCCGCCGCCGCCGGCCAGCACCACCACCACCACCACCACCACCAGGGGGCUGUGGCGCACGCCGCGGUGGUGGUGACCGAGAGGCGCGCCCCGGCGGACGUGGCCGAUCCGCCGGCGCCGCACUUCCUGAUCCCGCACGCGCACUUCCUCCACGGCCACUUCCUGGCGCCGGUCACCGAGCCGGCCGACCCCGCCGCGGGCGUCGUCGGCGGCGGCGGCACCGGGGAUGACCUGGUGAUGGCAAUGGCGGCCGCCGCCGAGGCGCACGCGGCCGCGGCCGGGUACCUGAUGCCGCUGUCCGUGUUCCACUAGCAAGCUACUACUAGCUAGUAAGCUAGGUCCACUCUCCACUGCCUCCGUAGCUCCGUUGUUGAUGGGCUUGGCAGGUAUGCAAGGCUAGGUAAUUAGGCGUGUGGUUAAGCAUGCACAGGCGUUGCUAAUGGCGAUAGGAUUGGUCUCUCUGUGAUAUUGUCAGUGCCACAUGCUUGAACCAGUGCUGCCUCUUGGUUGUAUUUUGGAUGGUGUAGGCAAGUGAUGGAAUGGCUAGAUUCGGUGGCUUGUUUAUUCUCCAUGACUCGUUCUUGUGGGGAUUUCAUGUACUGCAGCUGAUCAAUCGACUUAAGUUUACACUCAA